GAAUGAUGUCGUAAAGCAAAAUGAAUGUAUCUGUUCAACUUUUAUUAAAUCUUGUUUGUUAUGUUUUUAUAAAGUUAUAAGCCAAUAAAAUAAAUACCCAGUAUGUGAAUUAAGUACACGAGAUAUAAUAAUUUAGGUAAGAUAAUCGGAUGUCACGUGAAGUGUAAAUUGAAUUAAAAGCAAACGACCUUUUAAUUAGUAACUUGUACCUAUAAACAAACAGCUGUAUGUGGUUGUGAGUGACUGUGUGCAUAAUUCACUUGUUGCACCUACUUUCAAAACUGGAUAAUUCACCUGUUUAUGUGAGAAAGUGAAGCUGUUCUAUUAUUUACAUAUCGAAGGAACGGAAUUGGUGUUAUCAUUUUACCGUUACAGUUGACGUUAGACCGUGAGAAGAACGUGUUGUUUUCGAUUUAUCAAAGUUCGUUACAAUGCACCUGCACUGCAGAUAACCGCGAUCACGCGUUGAUUAUGACACGGUUCGGAGGAGUUGCAAUCCAGUUACUUGCAAAGAAACUAUUGUACCGACGAGACAGGUAAACCGACGAGUGAGGUAUCAUCGAGACCCCAAAAUGAGUCAUACGUGGUCGCAGGCAGUUAGUUUAUUGUUUUGUUUUUGCCGAAUUCCUUGACGAUGACAGUGCCACAGAGAAAAGUUAGUGAUUUUGAUAAAAAAGUACAUUCCACUUAUGAAAAAUAAAACGUUACUUGUGUGGUUAUGAUUAAGUAAUGGUGAGAUUCCUAUUAAUGAGCAAGGUUGCUGCUAAAAAGACUGUAAGUGUUGGUUAUAAGAUGAAUUAAAACUUCAAGACUGAUAGAUAAAAUGGCUCAGAACUCAAUGGAUUCUGAUAGACUGUCUUCAGCGGGUAUUUCAACUCAUAGCUCCGGAACUGCUGGUACUGUAGGAGGUUCAGUGGUUGGUGUGAGAGUCGGAAAUCCCAACCACAAGAGAGAUGAUGAAGAUGACUACAACUUGGGACCAUUACCUCCAAACUGGGAGAAGGCUUUUACACCAUCCGGUGAAAGAUAUUUUAUCGAUAACAACACAGGCACCUCUCACUGGCUCGAUCCCCGGUUAGCGAGAGUACGUAAACACUCCCUCGGUGAAUGCGGGGAAGACGAACUACCUUAUGGCUGGGAGCGAGUGACAGACGAAAGAUAUGGCUCUUACUAUGUCGAUCAUAUCAACAGGAGGACGCAGUAUGAGAACCCAGUACUGCAAGCAAGGCGAUUGAGGGCUGAAAAGCUUGCAGCAGAAAACAGUGCCAAUAACCAGGCUAACGGUUCUACACCCACCGGUGAACUUCGGGGAGAGAGAUUCACACUCACUCUCACUAAAGGACCACAGGGUCUAGGCUUUACCCUUAUCGGAGCCGAAGGUAUUCCAGAGACUGAAGGUUACUUGCAAAUCAGGAGUAUAGUCCCGCACAGUCCUGCCUGGAUCGAUGGUGCCUUACAACCGGGUGACGUGUUAGUAGGUGUAGGCAGUUGCGCAGUCCGCGGGUUAUCUCACGCGCAGGUGGCGCAGAUGUUCCAGUCCAUCACUCCAGGCACCGACGUCUGUCUGCACGUAGUCAGAGGAUAUCCUCUGUCAUUCGACUCCGAAGACCCGAAUACUCGCGUACUGAGCACACUGGCGGUAGACGCGAACGCGCCGCCUACCUCCGAUGCAGUUGCUAUGCAGCAACUAACAAGAGCCUUAAGGACGAGAUUCAACUUGGACUCUCCGAACCACGAAGCGAGCCCGGGACAUGACGAGCCCGACAGUCCGGCGUUAUCCAGGUCAUUUCUCGAUCCUCCCGCCAGAUGCCCUUCCGCUGAUAUCCUAGCCAUGGGAGAGCACCACUCGCGGGACAACAGUGUGAACAACAACGAACAGGGCCGCGAAUUAGUGCUCACAUUGAGGAGAGGUGCUGCCGGGUUCGGAUUCACUAUAGCCGACAGUGUUCACGGGCAGAAGGUGAAAAAGGUGUUAGACAGAAGCCGAUGCGCAGGAUUGCGCGAAGGCGAUCUCUUACUGCAGAUAGGGGAUACGGACGUUAGACAUUCACCACAUCAGCACGUUGUUCAGGUGUUAAAAGAGUGUCCGGCACUCCAGUCUACCGCCUUACGCGUAUGGCGUCGCCCCGCCCGACCGCCUCGCUCCCGUUCUGCCACCCGUCUACAUACUACGACCACUGCUGCUAGCAACAGCAGUCAACUAGGCAGAAGCAAAACUCCCACUGCCGAGCAGCUACGAUCUCCAGCUCUGCACACACAAGACCACUUACAAGACUUACACAACGGAAUGAACACUGAGGCAACAUACGCCGUCCCCGAACACAAGGGUCGCGAUCGAGAAUCACUAAUAGACCGUCGUCGUCGAAGCAGCACACCCGGCGGUAGACUUACAUUACCAGCGGUAACUCCGUGGAUAGACAUACAGACGGAGAACAACCAAUGGCAGGACAGAGAGACGUGGGUGGACAACUCGAACGUUAGGAACUGGGCGGAAAGUACGCAGAAAUGGGAUGGAGCCAACGGGAAUUGGGAUGGCAAUCAGGAAAGAUGGGGUAAUGGCAACUGGGGGGAGGUGCCCACACCCACAGUCCACGUAGAUAUGAACGCGGCUUAUUGGAGGGGCAAUGCCAGCGUCGCCGACAGUAGUGAUAAUGGAGGUUUUCCCGAAGAUGGUAUGCUACAUUCCCCCACCACUGCAGCUAUUGGUGGACUGACUGCGCAUCGGCAGUCUCCAUCCACCAGUAGAAUUGGGCCACAUUCACCAUCGAAUUCCACAGGCCGGCUCCGCAGUCAUUCUCCCUCCACGAACAGUGCUACAGAUCGGCUGUUGGGUAACUCUCCGUCAGGCAGACUGCAGAGUCAAUCUCCUUCUAAUAACUCAUCCACUGGAAGAAUCAAGGGUUCGCCACUCAGGUUGCGGGAAUCCUCACCGCCUCGCCACAUGGAGUCCCCCGUGUCGGGGCGCUCCAACUGCUACCAAGAGGGCCAUCAGCCCGGCAACCUUUACGUCGCCAACUACCCGCAGGUGGAAGCAGGUGGAGGGGCCGUGGAUCCGGAAGCUGACGUCACAGUUCGUCUCGCUCGCGGGGGUGCCGGGUUCGGGUUCCGGAUCGUGGGAGGCACUGAAGACGGCAGCAGAGUCGCCGUGGGAUACGUAGUGCCAGGUGGUCCAGCAGACGGUCUGCUAAGGCCGGGAGAUCUUCUCACAUCGGUCGAUGGUAUUCCUCUAGCGGGAGCGACGCAUGCUAGAGCCGUCGCCUACGUCUGCCAAGCAGCUUCUAGAGGCCAUGUAACAUUGGGUGUAAGACACAACCGAGCUGAUAUCCAACCGUUAGGGCUGCCAUCUAUGGUGGCCCCGCAUCCACACCAAACAUUAAUGGCAGCUGAGCCGCCACCACAUCAUAUGCCACCUGCUUCAUACAAUAUACUACAUCCAGCACCCAUGUACCCGCCUGCCGCACAUAUACCUAUGUACGGUGGUGUUCCAUACGAAGCAACGGCCGGAUGGGCUCCGACCCCAUAUGAUGUAACGGUGACGCGGUCCGAGGGCGAAGGUUUCGGGUUCGUGGUCAUCUCUUCUACCAACAAGGCCACCAGCACUAUUGGCCAACUGAUCCCCAACUCGCCAGCGGCCCGUUGCGGUCUCCUCCACGUCGGCGACACAAUAGUAGGCAUCAACCAUCUUCCUAUAAGAAACCUGCCGCACCCUGAAGUGGUGGCUCUCAUCAAACACUCCGGCACCACCGUCACGCUCACAGUGCUGCCACCUGCCGCCGUCCGAGACUGAUAUACGGCCACUGAUGACUAUAGCCUUAUAGUCACUUAUCAGCUAGUGAGGAACAAGGAUCUGAAGGUAUACGCGAUGCCUGAUAUUUAAGAUACUAGUAAAAACUGAUUCUUGACUGUAGUCUUUAAAAAUGAUCUUUACGACAUUGUAAAUCUGGUUUUUUAGUCUUUGACAGCUUUGUCUUUUGUCCACACCCCUUGACUAUCUACUACAAUCUUUACAGCAUUCUACGUCUACUUUUUUAGUUAUUGACUGCAAUCCUAUACUUAAACCUCUCCCCUGCAGUCUUUUACUAAAGUCUUCUACAGAGUCUUCAAUGGCAACGUUUAAACUAUCAAUAUCAAAGUAUUCUAUCAAUCCAACAUUCUACAGCAGUCCCAGGGUCACAAAGUCACUACUUAAUAAUUAUCGGCUUGUCUCCUCUAAUAGCAGCCUUUCGCCACGGUCUUCACAUUUCCUGAUGCUCACGAUUCUGUGUGAAAUGGAGUUGUCUUUUUAAGUGCUCUGCAGCCUUUUAGUGCAAUCUUCUAUCGCAUUUUACAUCUGUUUUUAUUGUAGUCUUUGUCUGCAGUCCUUUAUUGGCAGUUCUUCCCUGAAGGCCUCUAUGGCAUAUUACAUCUAACUUUAACUGCAACUAUUUAGCUGUCUGCAGUCUUGGACAGCCGCAAAGUUACAAUGUCACCAUUGAAUAAUGUUUGGGUUGACUACCGUCUACUGCAGUCUUCUGAAUACCGCAUGAUCACAAAGUCACUACUGAGCAAUGAUUGGCUUAUUUGUCAUCCUAUAACACUAUAGCAGAGAAAUACCUUCUAUAUAGAAAGUCAUUGAUAGUGGUCAUGAACCAUCUUCAUCUAACUCAAAACUGUUCUAGAUGUAAAUAUAUACGAUUAAAAUCCUCUAUAGCAGCUCUUGACUGUGGUCAAGACUGUAGUCAAUGAUCACAGAGUCACUACUGAGCAAUGAUUGGCUUAUUUGACAUCGAAUAACGAUGCGUCGACACCGUAGUAGGCAAAACCUUCUAUAUAGAAGGUCUUUAAUAGUAGGCACCAACCAUCUUCCUAUAAGAAACCUGCCGCAUCCUGAAGUGGUGGCUCUCAUCAAACACUCGGGCACCACCGUCACGCUCACAGUGCUGCCACCUGCCGCCGUCCGAGACUGAUAUACGGCCACUGAUAACUAUAGCCUUAUAGUCACUUAUCAGCUAGUGAGGAACAAGGAUCUGAAGGUAUACGCGAUGCCUGAUAUUUAAGAUUCUAGUAAAAACUAAUUUAGAUGUACGAUUGAAAUCCUCUAUUUGACUGUAGUCUUUAAAAAUGAUCUUUACGACAUUGUAUAUCUGCGUUUUUAGUCUUUGACAGCUUUGUCUUUUGUCCACACUCCUUGACUAUCUACUACAAUCUUUACAGCAUUCUACGUCUACUUUUUUUAGUCUUUGACUGAAAUCCUUAAUUUAAAGCUCUCCCCUGCAGUCUUUUACUAAAGUCUUCUACAGAGUCUUCAAUGGCAACGUUUAAACUAUCAAUAUCAAAAUAUUCUAUCAAUCCAACAUUCUACAGCAGUCCCAGGGUCACAAAGUCACUACUUAAUAAUUAUCGGCUUGUCUCCUCUAAUAGCAGCCUUUCGCCACGGUCUUCACAUUUCCUGAUGCUCACGAUUCUGUGUGAAAUGGAGUUGUCUUUUUAAGUGCUCUGCAGCCUUUUAGUGCAAUCUUCUAUCGCAUUUUACAUCUGGUUUUAUUGUAGUCUUUGUCUGCAGUCCUUUAUUGGCAGUUCUUCCCUGAAGGCCUCUAUGGCAUAUUACAUCUAACUUUAAUUGCAACUAUUUAGCUGUCUACAGUCUUGGACAGCCGCAAAGUUACAAUGUCACCAUUGAAUAAUGAUUGGGUUGACUACCGUCUACUGCAGUCUUCUGAAUACCGCAUGAUCACAAAGUGACUACUGAGCAAUGAUUGGCUUAUUUGUCAUCCUAUAACACUAUAGCAGAGAUAUACCUUCUAUAUAGAAAGUCAUUGAUAGUGGUCAUGAACCAUCUUCAUCUAACUCAAAACUGAUCUAGAUGUAAAUAUUAUAUACAAUUGAAAUCCUCUAUAGCAGCUCUUGACUGUAGUCUUUAACUAUGAUCUUUACGACAUUGUAAAUCUCUUUUUUAGUCUUUAACAGCUGUCGACACCCUUGACUAUCUACUACAAUCUUUACAGCGUUCUACAUCUAGUUUUUUAGUCUUUGACGGCAGUGCUCCAGCCUUAUAGUCACUUAUCAGCUGGUGAGGAACAAGGCUCUGUAGGUAUACGCAAUGCCUGAUAUUUAAGAUUCUAGGAAAAACUGAUGUAGAUGUAUUGGAAGUCGUCUGCAGGCUUUUAUUGCAGCUUUCUGCUACUCAUUUUACCAAGAUCUUCUAUAGCAUUCUACAUCUCGUUUUAUGCAGCUGUUGAGUCCUCUAAUAACAGCCUUUCGCCACGGUCUUCUCAUUUCCUGAUACUCACGAUUCUAUGUGAAAUGGUGUUGUCUUUUUUUAAGUGCUCUGCAGCCUUGUAGUGCAAUCUUCUAUCGCAUUUUACAUCUGUUUUUACUGUAGUAUUUGACUGCAGUCCUUUAUUCGCAGCUCUUCCCUGAAGGCUUCUGUAGCAUAUAACAUCUAAUUUUAACUGCAACCAUUUAGCUGCCUGCAGUCUUUUGACAGCCGCAAAGUUACAGUGUCACCAUCAAAUAAUGAUUGGGUUGUCUGCCGUCUAAUGCAGUCUUUUGUCUGUGGCAAGGUCACAAAGUCACUAUUAAACAAUGAUUGACUCGUUCCGUAUCUAAUGACGCGGCAUCGACAAUCUUUUUAUACGGAACCUGCCUUAGGCACAUAGGCCUCUUCAAAGCUGAUGCCUGAUAUUUAAGAAUCUACGUAAACUCGACUUAAACUACAUUAAAGUCUGCUUCAAACUAAUUACAACCUCAUAGUCACGAUUGACUAAUUUGUCGACUAUAAUAACCAUAAAAAUCUAGUUUUUGAUAGUAAUUUCUCAAGCCAUUUUUAAGUAGACUAAAUUUUCUACAAUGUGAGACUAGAAGUUUCUCUGUUGACCCUAUAAAGAAUGGAAAAGAAUAUAUCAAUUGAUAUACCUAUAUUAAUUAUUUCAUUCAUAUAAUGGUUUGUACGAGCAUAUUAAAUGAAAGACAUACUUAUAGUUUUGAUAUCAGUACAACAGUUUCUAUAUUAAAAUAUAGUGUUGCUGUUGAGAUUGUAAAGUUUAGAGAAAUUAAUUAAAAAUAGUGUAUGUAUAUUCAUAGCCAGACGAUUAGAAAUAUAAAUAUGGAAAUACUGCAUUGUAAUAUAAAAAAUACGACGUUAUAUUUUUAUAACAUUAUUCUACUGACGUCUGUGCCAAAACAUUGUAUUUUAGCAGCUAACAUUUUUAUGUUUUAUAUAUUAAUAAUAGUACUUGGUAAUAGUAUUUUUUGUAUUUAAAUGCAUUUUAUCUAAUGACUUUUCCCAUCCUAUGUCCUGUUUGACAUGUCCAGUAGUAAACCAUAAGUAUUUUAUAAAUGUUUCUCCAAGUUUUAUAAAUAUAUCAAAAUGUUUUACUAUAUUGUAACAUUUUUUAAAACUAUAUAUGUGUUGUAUAUGUCUCGGAAAGCAUUAACUUUCUGAUGAUUAGUAAUGAUAUUAAACAUGUAUGUUCGGUAGUUAAGUAGGUAUGCCUGUCCUAUUUAAUAUUGGGAACAUGACAGCUGCACUAAGGAACUUUAAUUAAUGUAUGUUGUCAUCUCUGAACAAGAACUUAAUUAUUUUUACAUAUAGACCAAAAGAGGGACAAUUAUAUGGUGCUAUGAACAGCGCUCGAAAAACAUAAAAUUGGAUACCUUUGUAUGAAUUGUGGAUACACUGGUCACCUUUCAUACCGAAUCAAAAAGUGAUCGAAUGGCCAAUGCAAACCUGCCAUCAUACCUCUGAUACUUUUUGGUUGGGUAAUACCCACUUUGUUUGGAAAUCUUUUCUUCAAUCUAUUGUCUAUGGGAGUGUACGCACAAACCUCAUAGCAUUACUUUUAUUCUUAUGUUACCCCUCGUUAACACCAAUGUAUAAUACAUGUAUUUCAUAAAUAUUAUACAAUAUCUUAAUUUUUUGUUCAUACUUAAAUACAUCUAUAAAACAUCUAUUUUAUUAUUAAUUUCUUGAUUAUACUUUCUAAGUAAUUAAUGUAUAUUGUAGCAGGGCUUGUAACCGGUUUCGAAAAUACCGGUAAAUAAAGGUUAAUACCGGUUUUAGUAAAGGUUUCCUUCGGAGCGGGUCCGAAAUGAAAGCGGUACCUAAAACCUUAAUAAACCGGUUUAAUCAAGAGCGACACGUGCACGCGUCGGCAUCGCUUGAAGUUUGUUCUGUUUGAACUAAUUAAGUCACAACUUGUUAAUGCUCAGACAUUGGUGCAUUUAUUGACACGUUCGCUAGCGUCUAGCGAGUCAUCAUUUUGUAGUUGUGUACUUGUGUACUGACACACUUCUUCACUCACUCGAUCUGUAGUUGGAAAUAAACUGAGAUAAAAUCAUUAUAAAUUUGAUUUGAAACGGCGAAGGCGAUGCCGUCAGUAAGAGUGAAAUGAAACCCUUUAAAACCGCUAAAUUGAUUCAAAACCUAUUUGAUUUCGCUUUUUAUGAAAACCGGUUUUUUUAAGGUUAAGGUGGAGCCAAAAAAAAACCUAAAUAAAACGCUCCUAAUAUACUUGAUACUGAUAAAGGUUUGAAAAAUUAACCGGUAAACAAGCCCCGUAUUGUAGUAAUGCAUUAUAUGUGAAACAAAGUAUCAUGAAAAUUACAUCGUCCAGUUAGGAAUGUGAAAAUUAAGUGUAUGAUUCUCCAUAUGCUGUUAUUAAAUAACAAAUACUGAAAACGUUUAGUAUACAAUACUUGGAUCAAACUUGUUGGAUAAACCAAGUAUAUGAUUUAUACUUGUAAGAUACUAAUUGUCUUUGAAGUGUGUAAACGAAAGAAUGUUUUAAACAGCCUCAACAAGUAUUCUACAAGUUUUGUUUAAAACUAGUAUACGACUUGUUUCUUGGUGAAAACGAGGGGUUAGGUUGUCGUUUUCUAUUCUAAUUCCCAAAAGGGUAACAGCGUAAACUCGAAUCAAAAUUAAUUAAAGUUUCUGAGUGCAUUUGUAUGAGAAAAAUGUACUUUAUCGAAAGCUUUAAUGCGUAUGCUAUGCUGUUUAAAAUUCUAAAUGUAGGUUUAUAAAUUUAUCAAUCUUCCAUGGAAUAUCGUAUCCCAUCACUGACUUCCGUCCAAAUUGUGAACCUUUUCAAAGAUAGAUACCUAGUUUAAAAAGUGACUUUCGCAUUUUUCUACUUAGUAAGCAAUGACUUUACCAUAGGUUGUAAGUGUUGCCUUUAACAUAAGUAUUUUAAAGUACGUAUAUACAUAGCUCCGCCUAGCAAAAUAUCUCAUUUGGCAUAGUUGAUCUUUUUCUCAAAUUUUCCUCAUCAUCAGCCUAUUAAUGUCCCCACUGCUGGGGCACAGGCCUUCCCUAUGGAUAGAAUAAGGAGAUUGGGCCAUGACCCACCACGCGGGCCCAGUGCGGUUUGGCGGGUGCUAACGACUGCAGAUGCAGCCGGGACCAACGGCUUAACAUGCUUUCCGAAACACGGAGGAACUCGAGAUAGAAGAUGUUUGGUCACCUAUCCAAUGACCGAUCACUGCGAAAGUUGCUUAACUUCAACGAUCGCAGCCAAACGCACUAACCAUUUGCGCCAUCGAUCUCCUCGUGAAUUCUACUAAUGAAAUGAAAUUAUACUUUUUUCAAAUUGAUUUAUUGAAAGGUCUUUUGAAUCUUCCAAUAUUUUUUCCUACUACCCAUACAACAAGACAUCUUUUAGCUGAUGAGAAGAAUGGAAGCAAGAUAGUGUCGUCUUUUAGGUUGAUGUUGAUAGACUAAGAACUCACGGCGCGAUUACCUCACGCGCCUGCCGCGCUCGUGGUUUUUUGGAAUGUAACAGUUCCGCCGUCGCCCGCUGCGAGUGCGGGAAAAACGCUUCGUAAAUAGGGUAUUUGACAAGUUUUAGAAAACGAUCUCACGUUAUUUACUAAUGUUUAUAGAGUCCAUAAAAAGUGGAUAUUCAUCAUUAUGUUGUGUAUUUCGGUAAAAAAACCAAAUCAAAAACGAUAUUUUCAAGUUGCCGCGAAAAACGUAUCUUUGGACAAUAUGGCGUCUCACUGGUGUGUGACGUCACACGACUGUCAGUAUAAUGUCAAACCAUACAAUCAAAUGUCACUUUAACCGGAAGUUUACUUGCGUGUGACGUCAUUUUAGGCUCCACCAUUCCCAAGCGUUUUGGGUCACGUGACAAUAGACAAGAAAACUAUUAGCUUUAUCGUGAGUUUUUAGUAAAAUUAUGAAUAUUUUUUCUGUAAAAAUAGUAAAAACUCCUGCCAAUAUUCAUUCUAAAUACAGAUGCUAAAAAUUGGCACUUUAUUUUUAAUACUGUCAAAUACCCCAUUCUCAGCCCUAACGUGCGCCUUCGGAUAUAUCGUGAUUGUCAUCGUCAUCCAUCCUGUAUAGUUAGUACGUGAUACAACAAAGUUCACGAUAUAUGGAUUAUCGAUUUUAGGGCUUACGCUGCGUUAAGCGGCAGCAUGGAGCAGACGUCCGCUCCGCGUGCAGUUUCUUGUCAUUUCAUAGAACAGCGCUGAUCUAUGAAAUGACUAACACAAACACGCGGAGCGGACGUCCGCUCAGUACUUCCGCUUAACGUAGCGCACGCCUUUAAAAAAAAUAGCCCAUAUUUAUAGUGUUCGCAUCUGAUAUUCAUAUUAUUAUAGUGUAUGCACAUGGAUAAGUAAACAUAACUUUAAUACAAAAAAUCAUUUUGUAUAUGGCAGCUAUAAAAUCAGUAGGUACUUAAAUUAUUUAUCUACUACUGAGCAUGAAAGCUCUAGAAAACUAGCAAUAAUCAUUUGAAGGAAUGAUAUAGACAUGUAUAAAAUUUAAAUACAAAUUUCCUUAAUCUACUUAUAAAUAAUAUCUUAUUUACUUUCCUUUUCUUUAACUUUGCAUAAGUUUUUCUUACGGUAAUCAGUUCUAAUCGUUAUUUUUAUUUUUCUCAAUCAUCGUAAUUUUGAGUCCUUCUUCCAUUUAGUUUUUAAGGUAGAAGUUUACUGCCAAAACAUUAUGAAUAUGUAGCAAUUGUUAUUAUUAUGAAUCUAAAAUGGAAUUUUGCUGUUCUGUAAAUAUAAUUCCUUUUAUUUCUUGCUAGUUGUUAUAAUUCUUCUUUCAAUAAAUAUGUACUACUAAUGUUUAUUAAUAAAUGUGUAGACUUAGGAUUCAUUAUUAAUAGCGGACUGGACUGAACUUAUUGUUUGUAAUAAUUUGAUUCUUUAUGUAAUAAUGUAGUUCGAUUAUGGAUAAAAAUAAUUCUCUUUAUAUCUCAUAAGAAAACCACCGAGCUUUUAUUGUGUUUUAUUUGUAAGUCUUUAAUUGUACUCCCUAGUGUGUAAGAUUGCAAUAUUUUUGUGCCUUUCAACGGUGUCUUGCCUUGUAAAAUAGUAAAAUGAAAAAUCUUGCUCACUGUAAUUAAUCUAUUUACAUAAUUGUUAUUCCAAAGAUAUCCUCGAACAAUCUGCAAUUGAAAUCGUCUCCAAUGCAUAUUACAAUAAUGUAAGAGUUUUUAUAAAUAAUGAGAUACAGAUUAAAUCAAUAAAUUUAUUUUUUAUUUAA